AUGACUGGCAGUUUCCCUAUUCUUCGUCUUCCUAACAAAACCAUUCAAGAUGUUCUACAAAACAUGUCCGUGUUCAAUUGGGACUUGCAGUCUUGCGAUUCAGUAACCGUCCCAAAGACUAUGCUGGAGAAUUGCAUCAACAAUGAUCAACACAAGAAAAUCACCUAUUUUUCUCUAUUCCCAGAAAGACAUCUAAUGCCAAAUCAUAAAAUUCACUGUCUCAAUUUGGGUUCAGUUUCAUAUGAGCUUCCUGGUCGCGGAAAAAAUUUACAGCUGGACGAUGUACUCCUCAUGAACUGCUCCAAACUAUGCCUAUUCCCUUGUAAAUUGUCUUCCCAGGAAUUAAACAUUUUCAUUAGGCUAUAUAUAGCUCAACCUAAUCGACAGCUGGAAACAGUCGAGCUUCAUCGAACUAAUGAAGGAAUCUGGAAGGUGGAGGAUUCGAUGAAAGGGAUUUCUUAUUCAAUCUGGAAUAAAAACCCCGGCAAUAACCAUAAACUUGAAAAACGCAUCAAGUUCACCCAAAAUGACGAAACAAUGAUGCAUUUGGACUGGAAAUUGGAUAGUAUACGUUGUUCUACUGUGAUUACUAUUGAAUGA